AUGAAUGCGGUUGAAGAAGUAACAAUAGUGAUGAUUGCUAAGUCAACAGGUGACUUUUUAUCUUUAUCAACUAUCUUUGCAGGUCUAGUCGACAGAUAAUCACAUUAAAUUGUUGUUGAUGAUCAAAAUAACGUGUAUAGUUCAUAUGCUAAUAUUGACAACGAGUUAUUUGGAUAUCUUACUAAUUUAUAAGAUGAGAGAUGGAUGUAUCUUAUAAAUUUCGAUGCUGCUUUUGAUUUCAAAGUAAAUUUUGCCAAAGGCAUAUAUAUAUCAGGAGUCAAUGUAUUUUAUCCAAUGGAUGUAGAUGCAAGUUUUGAUAAAUCAAGCAAUUAAAGCACUGUCUAUAUCUUUGCUCAAACUUUAAAAGGAAUUGAGAUAGAAUUCGUAGCAAUGAGUCGAGGUGGUAAUAAAUUAAAAGCUGCUGUUUUUGACUCAUUUACUAAUUCUUACAUUGUUGUAAAUGUUAAGACUAUUAAUAAUGGAAGCUCAGCCUUUAAAUCAUAUUCAAAAUAUGUAGGAGCUUUAAUGUCAUAUUACCAAGGGCAAAGCUGUUUAAAAUUAAACUAUGGCGAAUAGAUAAAAGCCUUUUCUAGAGCUUAAUUGACUUUCUAGGACAUAAGUACAAGUGAAUUUGAAGUUUAUACUUAAAAUGGUGAUUCUUUAAUAACUUCCCUUGAAAAUAUUACUUAAAAUCUUAAUGAUUGGUGCACAAAUUACCUAAUUUCUAUUGUUGAAACUGGAAAUUUUACUAUCGAGUAUAAUCUUUAUACUGGUCCUUAAUAUUAUGAUAUUCAAAAUUUUAGUACUAAUCCUUUGUGUAUUGAUGCCAAUUUUACACAAUAAUAUUAGGUAGUUCAUAUGUUGAAUGAAACUAAUUCAGAUGGCAACCAAUUUUGUGAGACAGUUAUUUACCUUAUUGAUUCAACAACUUAAAGUAGUUUUGAUUCAUCAAUAUUUAGCUACAAUAACUCUACAGCUCCAUACACAAUAUAUUCCAACACUAAUACUGCUUCAUAAAGCACAUUCAAAAGUUUGACUCUACUGGCUUAUUACAAAGAUGGAGAUCCAUCAGCAGCAAUUGCCUCUUUGAUACUAAAAGUCAAUUUGUAUGAUUGUUUAACUAGCAUAUUCUUGCCUUUAAAUUAUUCUAACACUAUCUACAAGUUAUUAGAACCAAAGUAGGAUAUUGCUUUAGGAACUUGGACAAAAUAUUACUCAUACUACGAAUGUGGAGAAUACUAGCUGACUCCUAAAUUGCUAAAUUAAACCACGAAUUCUGUAAUGAGUCUUCCAAUUAUCUUCACACAUGAUAUAACUAACAACUAACUAUCUAUAAGUACUAAUGAUGUAACAAAAGAGGGUACUUACAUGAUUAGAAUAUUUGGUCAAUUAUUAAGUUACCCUUCAGUUUAAAAUCACUCAGAUUUUGAAGUUGAUGUAAGAUGUAUUGUCAAAGAUCUUACAUAUUAAGACAUUCCUACUUAAUUUUAUAGGUUUAUUUCGUUUGAUUAAAGUCAAAGAAAAUUUAGCAUAUACACUGAUAACGGUUAUUUUGCCAAUAAAUAUAUCAUUAGAAUCAAUGCAUUAGUUUUAGCACCAUUGAUCUACAGCUAUAUUUACUUUGAAGAUUAAGAUUUCAGUUUAUAUGUGAUAUCUUAGAAAUACUCUAUCGCCAAUGAAGGCCCUCCCUAUUUUGAUGAGCAAUUAAAGUUUAUAUAUAUGGUGGUAAAUUAAGAAUUUCUGUAUACACUACCUAAUAUUAUAGAACCAGAUAACGAAAAAUACACAAUAAGAUUGGAUUUGGGAUAGACUGGUUUGUUUACAAAGUUUAUUAAUCCUAAUCUAAAAUUUGAUCCAACUUUCAAAAAUAAUGGAACCUAUAUGAUUUAGAUUACUCUCGAAGACUCUAAUAUAAAUAAGAAAAGCACUAAAUAUUUCCUAAAUGUUGUUGUUUUAUCAGAAGAGCAAGCAAGUAAUGGAUCCUAUGGAUUUUUAAAUAACAAACUAAAAGUUAUAAAAUCUGGUUUUUCACCUAUAUUGAUCCCUAUUAUUAAAACCAUUGAUCAGACAGGGGGAAUGAUAUAGUCUAGAUAAUCUUUUUAUAAAAUGGGCUAUUUUUAGAAAAGAAUACAAAUUUGCCCAUUCCCAAUGAGUAUAGUUUGGUCAGCAUCACUUUAGUAUUUAUGGGGAAUGAUUAAUGUAUUACAAAUCAUAGCACAUCUACCAUUAUACAAUAUCAAUUUCCCUGAUAAUGCUAAGUUACUCUACUCACUUAUCAUAUCAAUAUCUCAAUUCGAUAUUUUACCAACCACCUAUUUUGAUCAAUUUUUCUAAUUCAGUGAUGAACAGCCAAUUAAUGAUAGAUUCUCAGAUAUGGAUAUCUUUUAAUGCUUAACUUAUUAUAUUUGA